AUGUUUAAAAACUACAUACCUUUAUUUGGUUCAGUCCUUGAAGUAAUGGAUCAUAUAAUUGAAUCGUAUGAUGAUGUUCAACAUAACGAAAAGUUAUGUCUUGUUAUGGUGGAUAGAGUUGAAAUUGUGAAAGCAUCAGUUUCAAGAUUAAUACGCCAUUAUAAAGAAGAUGAAAAUAAGUUUCGUAAACAAGAUUAUUUUAAAGCAUUUGUUCGACUUGACGAAACUUUGAAGAAUAUUAGAGCAUUUAUUGCUGAAGUUUCGAGUUAUUCAAACUUCCGAAAAACCCUUUUUCGUAAAAAUAUUAAAGAAGAUUGUCAAGAUCUUUUAGAUAGAUUAGAAUAUACUUGUAAUGCUUUACAAUUCGGAAUAGUUAUAUCCGAAGCAGAUAAACAAAAAGAAGAAAAAUAUUUAACUGAAGCUAUGAAAAAAGCACUUCAGGAAUUGGGAGUUAUAAAAAAUAAACAAGAUUAUUGGGCAUCUUUGGUUCAAGUAAACGAAAUAAAAAAACAAAAAAUUGAACAUGUAAAAAAGAUUGAGCCCGCCGAAUUAAGCGAUGGUUUGUUUGAAAAUUCUAUCGAAACUCGAGGAAAAAUAAUUAAGAAAUAUUUGAAUGUAACUAUUCCCGUAGCUUGUAAACCAGUUAAUUAUGAACCUGAUUCAGACGAGGGAAAUAAAGAUACUGCAAAAAUUGAAGAAGAAAAGAAGUUUAGAAAUAAUUUAACUAUUUUAAGUAAAUUACACUCUUCUGAUAAAAUUAUCCGAUUUCAUGGAAUUUCAUCUUUAAAUGGAAAAUGUUUUUUAUUAUUUGACUGGGCUGAAAAAGGAAAUUUAAAAAACUUAUAUGAAAAUGGAGUUAUUCCAUGGAAUACUAAACUUAAAUAUGCUAAAGAUAUUUCUGAAGGAUUAUUCUUUUUACGUACAAUGCAAAUCUAUCAUCACGACGUGCGAUGUGAAAAUGUUUUGAUUACGUGUAAUGAUGGAGCUAUGACAGCAAAACUUGCUAAUUUUGAACUUAGUCGAGAAACCACUUGGAUUACAAGUGUAGUUGAAAACAUUGCAGUAUUAAUUCGUUGGAUGGCUCCAGAAAAAAUUGAUGAUAAAGGAAAUUCAAGUACACAAAUAUAUUAUUCACCCGAAUGCGAAGUUUAUAGUUUCGCAUUGACUCUUUGGGAACUUUCAUUCCAAAAAUUUCCAUAUAUGGAUAUAGAAGUAGAUAAAAUUUAUCAUCAUGUUCUAGACGGUAAUCGAGAACAUUUAAAUUUCCCCAAUGAAUCUAAGGAUAUUACAGGAUGUUUUAAAACUAUUAUCGAAAAAUGUUGGAAAAAAGAAGCAAUGCAAAGAUUAAAGAUUAAUGAAAUAUAUAUUGAACUCAAAAAACUUUUGGAAAGACAAAAUAAUCAAAAUAAUGAAAUUUCGCCACCUAAUUCUGAAUUAGGGGUAGGAGAAAAACUACAGAAAAUUUUGAGAUGUUUUGAAUUUUAUGUUUCUAUUGAUAAUACUGUUGCAUUAUAUUGGAAAGCAAAUUAUCAUGAACAUAUUGAAAGAGAUGAAUUUCAAGCUUUAAAACUUUAUAGAGAAGCAGCUGAUAAAGGAAAUUCCGAUUCCCAAUGUCUAUAUGCUAUGAAGUUAAAGGACAAGCAACAUCCGGAACUUAACUCUAAAAUUUUAGAUUAUUUUAGAAGAUCGGCUGAACAAGAAAAUGAAAGUGGUUUAUAUUUGUACGGAAAAGCAUUAUACGAAGGUGAACAUGUAACUCACAUUUUAUUAGCAGAAUUUGAUAUUGAUAAAGGUUCUUCUUUAACUCAUCAAUAUCCUUUUGCAACUGGUACAGAUGAACACUUAUUAGCAGAAUUAAUGUUACCAGAUGGAGCACAUUUACGUACAGAAGAUUGGACGGUAUUCUUUUUAAAUCAAAAAAUUCCAGAUCCCGAUAAAAUUUCAAUAGAAAAUAUAGAAAAUGAAGAAAAUUUCAUAAAUAAUUUACUUGACAAAUCUCAAAAAGAUAAUGAACAAGAAAAACCUUUACUUUACGCUUUAAAUUUAGUAAGGACAAGGCAUGAUAAAGAAGCUAGAAGAGGAGCUGUUGUGAAAGCCAUGGCGAUUUGUACUAGACAUCAAUAUUUGCACAUAUAUAAGCCGGCUCUUUUAUUAGCAUUAGAUAAAUAUUUUCAAGAACCAUCAGUAGAAAUUCUUGCAUCACUUUAUAAAGCAGUAAAUUCAAUGGAUUGUAAUUAUAUGCCAAUAUUUAAUGCACAUGAAAAAGCAAUAUUAAGAGCAUCAGAGAAUAAAGAUAUGUUUGAAGAAAAAUUUAUACCUUAUGAAAAUAAAGAAAAUAAUAUAUAUAUGAAUAAUGAAGAUUUUAUACCAGUCAGUGAAGAAGAGAAAGAAAAAUUAGAAAAGGAACGAUUAGCAAAUUUGAAGAAGGGAACAUAUAUUGAUUUAAUGCCAAACUUAAAUAAAAAUAAGGAUAGACAUUUCUUGGAAACGAAGAUUGUAUAUAAUGGAAUUACAUUACCAAUUAGAGUUCCACUCACUGUAAAUCCGGAAGAAGUUGGUGAUUUCACAUUGAUAAAAUUAAUAACAACAUUUUCACCCUCAUCUCCUACACCAUUUAAUCAUGCGUUUCAUCCACAUUUGGAUUCAAGUGGAAAUCAAACUCAUCCAAUAAUUUUAUUACUUAAUGCAUUACUUACACAAAAACGAAUUAUAUUUUUGGGACAAGGACAUCCAUCGGGAGACGUAGCAAAUUAUGUAUUAUCAGCUUGUGCGAUGGGAAGUGGAAGUGGUGGAGUAUUAAGAGGAUUCACCGAAAGAGCAUUUCCUUAUACCAAUUUGACUAAUGUUGAUGAUUUACUUAAAGUACCUGGGUUUAUCGCGGGAGUAACCAAUCGAAUAUUUGAAGAUCAUAGUUCAUGGUGGGAUGUUUUAUGUAAUAUUGAUACAGGAAAAAUUACGGUCAGUAAAGAUAUUUCCACACCUUCAUAUGGAACAAAACCUGAUGAAAAGAUAGAAGAUGGGGCGAGAUCACCUUCAUCAUCCAGUAAAACGGAUUCAUGGGGAAGUAAAACUGAAUCUUGGGGUAGAGAGAAAUGGGAUACUACUGAUAAUGAAUUUAUGUCUGAGGUAAUUUAA